AUGGGGACUAGGAACAUUGGUACCCUAGAAGCCAAGUUGUUGGAGUUAGCCAAUGAGAUUUCUAAAUACAGGAUUCAUGUGGCGUGUGUUCAAGAGAUUAGGUGGAAGGGGCAAAAGGCAAGAGGUAUAAAGAGAUAUAAAUUGUGGUAUGCAGAUUUGGACGGCAGACGUAGUGGGGUCGACAUCCUAGUGUCUAAUGAUAUCCUAAAGCAAUUGGUUGAAUGGGGGGAAGAGAUCAUAUCGAUCGUCAGUGCUUAUGAGCCCCAAGUUAGGUUGGAUGAGCAGGUGAAGCGCGAGUUUUGGGGUAACUUAAGAGACCUAAUGAGAACAACACCGGAAGAUGAGAAAGUUUUCUUAGGAGGAGAUUUUAAUGGACAUAUAGGUAGAGAAGCAGACAAUUAUAACUCGGUGCAUGGAGGGUUUGGCUUGGAGGCAAGGAACGAGAGCGGGGAGAAUCUGCUUGAGUUUGCACUAGCUAAAGAUUUGGUCAUAGAAAACUAUAUCUUUAGGAAGAAAGACAAGCAUUUGACUACAUAUAAGAGUGAUGGGCAUGCAACCCAAGUUGACUAUUGUUUAGUACGCAAGAGGGAUCGAGCCUCGUGCUUGGAUUGUAAGGUGGUGUUGGGUAUAGAGAUGCCCACCCAACACAGGUUAUUAGUUCUGGUGUUUAGGAUGAGGAAAAAAAUUGUAGAUAAGAAGACCAAGGGCAAAAGAACAAUCAUGUGGGGGAGACUUCAGGGGGGUGUGGCCACAACCUUGUCAAGCAAGAUAAGUUCGUUGGGAUUUCCAAGUUAG